UGAAGCUCGACUGCGCAUGCGUGCUCUGGGCAGGCUGAUUCCAUGGGUGUGGAGCCCAGAUAGAAGCAGGGAAGCGACCCUUGCAGCUGAAUGGAGCCAAGGAAGGGUUAAGGGGAGGAAGUUUGGAUUCCUAGGAAAGAAGGAAGUUGGAGAGGAGGGAGGCGCCCAGUCCUCCAGAGCAGGCCAGCCUUCCUUGGCCUCCCUCCUCUUCCUCCCUCCUAUCUCCUUGGGCAGCCUUUCUUCUCCUUGUGAGUUUUGGAGGAGAAGCUAUUGCCUCAUAAAAGAGGAAGGGAAAGUAACUUGGAUCGCAUUUGCUGCUUCCUUGGAUAGCAUGAUAGUCAGACCUGACUCAACUGCAGCUGCAGCCGGGAGAGACCCAGAUGUUAUUGAUAGCAAGAGCAGCAUGGAAUUCUGGCAAAGAAUCAUAAAGACGUUCCUGAACGAAAACAUGGCUAGCUCAGACAUACAGCCUCAGCGCUUCAGACAGCUUUCCUACCAAGAGGGCGAGGGGCCCAGAGAGGUUUGCAGCCGCCUCCAUGAUCUCUGCUGCCAGUGGCUGAAGCCGGAGCAACACAGCAAGGCUGAGAUGCUGGACCUGGUGAUCCUGGAACAGUUCCUGAACAUCCUGCCCCAAGAGAUGGGGAGCUGGGUCCGAGAGUGUGGGGCAGAGACCUCUUCCCAGGCGGUGGCCCUGGCGGAAGGCUUCCUCCUGAGUCAGGCAGAGGACAAGAAGCAGAAAGAACAGGCCCUAUAUAGCUGCAUUGAAAUCCAGCCAGAUGUCCCUGCAUCAGAGAAACCUCCAUCAGACACCACGCAAAGUCUCAAGGAGAAGGAAAUCAAGCAGGAAGAAGAUGGGACUGCAGUCUUGGAGGGGGCUGGAAUGACGUUGUUGCCGAAUCCACAGUCAUCCCUUUGUGAUGGAGUGGAACUGAAUCAGGGUCCAAUUGCCUUUGAGGACGUGGCUGUCCAUUUCUCCCUGGAGGAGUGGGUUCUUCUGAAUCCUGAUCAGAAAAUCUUGCACAUGCAGACCAUGGAGGAGAUUCAUGAGAUUGUGGACUCUCUUGCAGAUAACUGGAAGAAGAGCAAUGUAUGCACCAAACACAGUAAGCAUUCUGGGCACGAUGGGGACCUUCCUAGACAUCAGCAAGCCCAUAGAGACGAUGGAGGUGCUGCCGGAGAAAGGCCUUACAGAUGCAAUGUAUGUGGGCAAUGUUUUGCCCAAAAUAUGGCACUUAUUCUUCACAAGACACUCCAUGUCAGGAAAACCCCUUUCAAAUGGAAAGUAUUAGGGAAACGUGUUGUUAAUUACAAAUGGCCACAUCUCAACAAACAAGAAACCUUUGAUGGAACUGAGGAUUUCAUAUGCCAAGAGUGUGGAAAACAUUUUGCUUACAGAUCACUAUUGACGACUCAUCAGAGAAUCCACACAAGAGAGAAAACAUACAAGAGCCAGGAGUGUGAGAAAUUCUUUACCCAGAGUUCACACUUGCUGAAACACAAGAGAUUUCACACGGGAGAAAAACCAUACAGAUGCCAGGAGUGUGGGAGGUGUUUUGCUUACAGUUCACACUUCAUGAACCACAAAAGACUUCACAAAGCAAACAAAUUAUAUCAGUGUCAAGUUGGUGCAAAAUGUUUUUCUCAAAAGCCAUCCCCUGUGUCUCAUGAGACACUCCACGAUGGAAAGAAACCAUACCAAUGCCAGGAAUAUGGGAAUCUUUUUGGUCAAAAUUCAGUCCUUGUGAACCAACAGAGAAUCCAUACAAAAGAAAAAAAAUACAAAUGCCUGGAGUGUGGAAAAUGUUAUAUUCGGGAUUCAAGCCUUGUGGCUCACCAGAGAGUCCACACAGGAGAGAAACCAUACAAAUGCCAGGAGUGUGAUAAAUGUUUUCCUUGCAAGUCAUCACUUCUGAGACACCAGAGCAUCCACACAGGAAAUAAACCAUACAAAUGCCAGGAGUGUGGAAAAUGUUUUGCUCAGAAUGCACACCUUAUAGACCACUGGAGAUCCCAUACAGGGGAGAAACCAUACAAAUGCAAUGAAUGCGGAAAAUGUUUUGUUCGAAAUUCAUCCCUUGCGAGCCACCAGAGAGUCCACACUGGAGAAAAACCAUACAGAUGCUCAGAUUGUGGGAAAAGUUUUGCUUACAGUUCAGACGUGGUGAGGCACAAAAAACUUCACACAGGAGAAAAGCCAUACCAAUGCCAGGUGUGUGGGAAAUGUUUUGCUCAGAAUGCACACCUUAUAAACCACUGGAGAUCCCACACAGGAGAAAAACCAUAUAAGUGUCAGGACUGUGAGAGAUGUUUUUCUCACAGGCGGGGCUUAGUAAAUCACCAGAGAAUCCACACAACGACUGAACAUCAGUAUCAAGAUGAUGGAAAAUAUUCUUUUGCAAAUGCCAUCUCUUUUGGCCCAACUAUGCCUUACAGCAUUAUUGGUUCCCACAUGAACCAACAGGAGAGGAGGUGGUCAGUGCGCUUGGGCAGCAGGGAGGGCCUAGCAUUACCAGGCUCCCAAGUAAAUACAGGGCUUAUUUUUACUCACUCUCUCUCUUUAAAAAAAGCCUCCCAAAGCCCAUUGUUUAAUGCUUGCUUACUUUCACAGAGGAAAAGUGAUUGUUGCCUGAGAAUUUUGGGGCAGAGCCUAUUCAGGGAUUUCUUUCCCUUGAAAGAAGAGGGAGGAAAAGCAUCUUGGAUAAGGUUUGGUUCUUCAUCAGACAGUGGUUUCAACAUGGAGAGACCCAAUUCACCUGAACCUGAAGCAGGACUUGGGAGCAGUAAGGAAUCCUGGGAAAGAACUACGCAGAUGUUCCUGAAUGUGCACAUACAGCGCCAGCGCUUCAGGCAGUCCUCCUACCAAGAAGGCGAAGGACCCAGAGAGGUUUGCAGCCGCCUCCAUGAUCUCUGCAGCCAGUGGCUGAAGCCAGAGCAACACACCAAAGCGGAGAUGCUGGACCUGGUGACCUUGGAGCAGUUCCUGAGCCUCCUGCCCCCAGAGAUGAAGAGCUGGGUCCCAUCAGAGCAAUAUCUUGGUUUUUCAGAGUUUUGGUGGAGAAGCUGUUGCCCCACAAGAGAGGAAGGGAAAAUAACUUGGAACGCAGUUGAUGCUUCCUUGGAUACCAGUACAAAGAUAGACAGUCCCGACUCAAUUGGACCUGUAGCUGGAAGAAGCCCUGAUAUUGGUAGCAAGAGCAUUGUGGAAGUCUGGCAAAGAACCAUGAAGAUGUUCCUGAACGAAAGCAUGUCUAGCUCAGACAUACAGCGCCAGCGCUUCAGGCAGCCGUCCUACCAAGAGGGUGAGGGACCCAGAGAGGUUUGCAGCCGCCUCCACAAUCUCUGCCGCCAGUGGCUGAAGCCAGAGCAACACACCAAGGCUGAGAUGCUGGACCUGGUGAUCCUGGAGCAGUUCCUGAGCCUCCUGCCCCCAGAGAUGGGGAGCUGGGUCCGAGAGUGUGGGGCAGAGACCUCUUCCCAGGCGGUGGCCCUGGCGGAAGGCUUCCUCCUGAGUCGGGCAGAGGACAAGAGGCAGGAAGAACAGGUCCAAAAUAACUGCAUGGAAGGCCAGUCUAAUGUCCCUGCAUCAGAGAAAUCUCCAUCAAACACAACCCAGAAUCUCAAGCAGAAGGAGCUGAAGCACGAAGGAGAUGGGGCUGCAGCCUUGACGGGUGCUGGAAUGAUGAUGUUGCUGAAUCCACAGUUGUUUCUUCCCCUUUGUGAUGGAGUGGAACUGAAUCAGGACCCAAUCUCCUUUGAGGAUGUGGCUGUCUAUUUCUCCCUGGAGGAGUGGGCUCUCCUGAAUCCUGAUCAGAAAGUCUUGCACAUGCAGAUCAUGGAGGAGAUUCAUGGGAUUGUGGACUCUCUUGCAGAUAACUGCAAGAAGCAUUUGGGACACAAUGGGGACCUUCCUAGACACGAGGAAACCCACAGUGAAGAUGAAGAUUCUGACAGAGACAGGCCCUACAAAUGCAAUGUAUGUGGACUGUGUUUUACCCAAAAUAUGGAACUUGUGCUUCACAAGACACUCCAUGCUGGGAAAAUCCAUUGUACAUGGAAAGAAUCAGAAAAAAGUGUUGCUGACUGCAAAUUGCCACAUCUGAGCCAAGAAGAAAUCUUUGAAGGAACUGAGGAUUUCAUAAGCUGGGAGUGUGGGAAUUUUUUUAUCCAGAAUUCACACUUGGUGAAUCAUGAGAGACUCCACACAGUACAGGAACCAUAUCAAUGCCAAGACUGUGGGAAAUGUUUUGCUGACAAUUCAGCCUUGGUAAGGCACAAAAGACUCCACACAGGAGAGAAGCCAUACCAAUGCCAGGAGUGUGGGAAAUGUUUUACUUACAGUUCAGUUUUAGUGAGGCACAAAAGAAUCCACACAGGAGAGAAUCCAUACCAAUGCCAGGAGUGUGGGAAAUCUUUUGCUUGCCGUUCAAACUUGGUGAGGCACCAGAGACUCCACACAGGAGAGAAACCAUACCAAUGCCAGGAGUGUGGGAAAUGUUUUGCUUCCAGUUCACAAUUGGUGAGCCACAAAAGACUCCACACAGGAGAGAAGCCAUACAUAUGCCAAGAGUGUGGUAAAUGUUUUGUUGACAGUUCAGCCCUGGUGAGCCACAAAAGACUCCACACAGGAGAGAAGCCAUACCAAUGCCAGGAGUGUGGGAAAUGUUUUGCUGAUGGUUCAGCCUUGGUGAGGCACAAAAGACUCCACACAGGAGAGAAACCAUACCAAUGCCAGGAGUGUGAGAAAUGUUUCGUUUCUAGUUCAGACUUGGUGAGGCACAAAAGACUCCAUACAGGAGAGAAGCCAUACCAAUGCCAGGAGUGUGGGAAAUCCUUUGCUCGCAGUUCACAACUGGUGACCCAUAAAAGAUUUCAUACAGGAGAGAAGCCAUUCAUAUGCCAGGAGUGUGGGAAAUGUUUUGUUCAAAGUUCAUCUCUUGUGAGCCACCAAAGAGUUCACGCAGGAGAAAUAUCAUACAUAUGCACAGAUUGUGGGAAAUGUUUUGCUCAGAUUUCAUCUCUUUACAAGCACCGGAAAAUACACACAGGCUAAAAAACAUACAAACAAAACCUUGGGGAAAUGCUUUGUUUGCGUUCAUACCUUUUGAACUAAUAAUAAUAAUAUUAAUUAAAGAAAACUUUAUUUAUAUACUACCCUGUCUCCCCAAGAGGACUCAGAGUGGUUUCCAAAACAAGGUAAAACAUUCCAUUGUCAAAAAGGAGACCAUACAACACAAUUAAACAUCAUAAAACAAAAACAUACAAUCUUGCUAAAACAACCACAAAAAUUUAAAAACCAGUUUCAACUAUCACAGACUACAUACAGGAGAGACAUCAUCCAAAGAGCUGGAUCAAAACUAAUAAAAUGCAUUGCAACAGGGAAAUUGCAAGUUCUAGACGUUCUGGUGCUGCAGACUAGACAUUCAACAUUUUUCAGUGAACCUGUGUUAUUCCCUUGGCUUCCAGUAACACUUGGCUUGACUUUGGACUGAUUUCUUCGAUUCUCUUCUUAGUUUCGAACUCUUUCAGAUUUUUUGCUUUGUGUGAUUUGGGACUCUUUUGGAGAAUUCUUUUGCUUCUCUGAACACCCAUAUCAUCUGAUUUCAAACAGAACCAUUGGAGAAGUUUAGCCUAAGAUUUGGUGGAGUCCCCUUUCUUGUCAUUUGAACCCCUAAGUUUAGGUCCUCUUCAUUGUCAUGUCACUUAUGUGAAAAAUAAACCAUAUGUAGUUCCAUCCAUUGUCCCUCUGAGCUUAGUUUCAUUACCACCUUGGUUGCAGAUUUCCAGUUUGUGAAUGUUAUUUUUCAGGUGGAAUUCCAGAAUUGAACUAUAAUUUCCCUCACUAUUAUUUCCCUUGAUCGUAUCUCUGGCUAGAAUUUGCUAGCUGAGCCUUGUUAUUUUAGAAUUAACCAUGUUAUAUAUCAUUGAUUUUGUUAUAGACUGAGAUUUUGAUCUAUAGUAGAGUCUCACUCAUCCAACAUUCGCUUAUCCAAUGUUCUGGAUUAUCCAAUGCAGUCUGCCUCCCACCCAGAUCCACAGCUGUUUCUCUAGGCAGCAAGGACUGAAUUUUUUACGCAUUUAAUUUCUGACAAUAUUUUUACUGUAAGUUCAUUUUAUGCAAUUCUAUUUUUAUUUGUCAUCAAUUUGUUAGUAGCCAACGUUUUUGUAGUCAAUGUUUUCAAUACAUUGCAAUGUUUUGGUGCUAAAUUUGUAAAUACAGUAAUUGCUACAUAGCGUUACCAUGUAUUGAAUUGCUUUUUCUGUCAAUUUGUUGUAAAACAUGAUGUUUCGGUGCUUAAUUUGUAAAAUCAUAAUGUAAUUUGAUGUUUGAUGGGCUUUUCCUUAAUCCCUUCUUAUUAUCCAACAUAUUCACUUAUCCAACGUUUUGCCGGCCCGUUUAUGUUAGAUAAGUGAGACUCUACUGUAGUUUGCAAAAUUUAAGUCCCUGGAUCUUAAUAAAUGAAGGAAAUAAGUUUGUCUGUAUAAAGCAGGCAUGGGCAAACAUUGGCCCUCCAGGUGUUUUUGAACUUCAACUCCCAACAUUUUAAACUGUCAGUAAGCUGGUUAGGAUUCCUGGGAGUUGAAGUCCAGACACCUGGAGGACCAACGUUUGCUGAUGUAGAGCAAAAAACAACUGUUUGUACAAUCAAUACAAGCUUCUCAACUAGUCCCUUCUAAUUGCUUGAGAUAACCUAAUUACCAAUAAAGAGAUGACUGUAUGUA